UUGAAUGAACUGUGAUCUAAAAUACAAACAGCUGAUCAAAACAAAAUAAAAAUUUAAGAUAUUAAAGGGAGAAAUAGUAUAAAAAGUAAAAGUAUUUUUUGUUUAUUAGAGUAUCUUCUCAUAAGCGCUCUUUGACUAUUGGUAUAUCAAAUAACUUACAUUCUGUAUGUAACACAAAUGGAUAUCAACGAACCGACACCUGAAGCUCUACAGAGAAAGUUGUAUUUUCUACUUGAACAGCUACAGGACAUGGCUAGAGAACUACCCCAAAAAUACCAGAUGCGAGUACCAAUUGAACUUCUAUCAGGCCUGGCAAACUGUCUCCUUAAUGAUACUGUAUUUGAAAUAGUUAAAGGGUUAAUGGAGAUCCAACAUGUUACAGAAAAACACCUAUUUCAGCAGCGAUUACAAAUUAUUAACAAACAUACAUUAGAAAUUCAAAAUAUGAUUAAGAGUAUACAAAGUCCAGAGCAGCAGGAGCUACAAAAAACUCUACUAUUAAGUCGACAUAGAGAUGAACUUAAACAAACAGACAUGAAAUUAGUUAUGCAGUUGGACCAAAAGGUGAGUGAUCAGCAAGUAACAUUAGAAAAGGCAGGUGUACCAGGAUUCUUCGUAACAAAUAAACCAAUAGAAGUUAAAGUUCAAAUGUAUCUACUUGACUUCAUAUUAAGACUGAGCAAAAUGGAUAUUCCACAUUAACAUAUAAUAUAAUUAUUUAAAUAUUGGUACUAAAAUAAAUAAGACUUUUAU